AUGGGUCCACCUCGCCGAAAGGUUCUGGCGACAGCCCAGGAAACCAUGUUCCCUCCAGAUGAGUUGGCGGACACCCAGCAGAUCGUCCGAGCAAUCAAGGCCACCGGCAACAAUAUCUACUUGGUUGAGCAUUCGGACAAAACCCAGAUGCUGGUUGAGCUCCCUGCACGGUUCCGGUCGACCUUUUGGAUCAAGCGCGGGGCAUAUGUUGUGAUUGAUACGAAGGCGCGGGCGGAGCGGGACAACAAGAUCGGUGGAGAGAUCAUCAACAUCGUGCGAGAUGAGAAAGCCUGGAGGAAGGCUUCUUUCUGGCCGAAGGAAUUCAUCAAGCAGCCCGUGGCUGUCGCCGACUCUGACUCCACCGACGAAGAGGAAUCUCGAGUCGGAAAGAUGCCUUCCUCUGAUGAAUCUGACGCGUGA